AUGGAAAUCAUUUCCUCAAAACGAUUCAUUUUAUUGACUUUAGCCACUUCAAGCUUGUUAACAUCAAACAUCUUUUGUGAAGAUGAAUUAUUGAUGCCCAAUCUUCACAGCAAAGAAAAUUACAACAAAUAUUUUGAGCCUAGGGAAGCCCCAAAAGGGGAAAAGGAAAAAAGUCCCAAUUUUCAAGAGUUAAGAGAUUGGGGACCAAAAAACGUCAUGAAGAUGAGCACACCCUCAGUCAAUAAAAUGCCACACUCGGCAGCCAACCUGCCUCUGAGAUUCGGGAGGACCAUGAAAGAAGAAAGGAGCCCUGGAGGGACAGCCAACCUGCCUUUGAGAUUUGGAAGAAAUAUGAAAACCAGCAUAUCCAGACACAUUCCCACCCUACCCCAAAGGUUUGGAAGAAUGACAACAGCCCAAAGUGUCACCAAGACACUGAGCGAUUUGUUCCAACAAUCCAUGCAUUCACUCUGUGCCAGUGAGUUCCUGUACUCCAAUACCUGCCAGAGCCAAGAAAACCAGAAUCCUGAUCAAAAACAACCAAGGAGACUGGUAUUCAAGAACAUAGACGAUGUGGAAGUGAAACAAGAAAAAUAA